AUGACAGGAAAAAAUAUCGGAAAGAUUGAAGUUGGUGCCAUAAUCAGCACGAUUCUCCUCCUUGCUCGACUUGCUGUGUCACAAAAUCCAGCAGAGAUACCCGCAGAUAAAUCCCGAGUGAAUGCUUGGUUCAAUGCCAAUGUCAAGCCUGCCUCAGCAAGAGUUGGCACCAUAGACCCCGCCCUUGGUCAGGCUGAGGCUGAACCUAAAGUCAUUAAAGUGGUACAAGGUGGUGGCGGAGAUUUCGACACCAUAACCAAAGCCAUUGAAAGUGUUCCCACAGGAAACACCAAACGUGUGAUCAUAUCGAUUGGACCUGGAGCUUAUCGGGAGAAAAUCAAAAUUGAACGAACUAAGCCUUUCAUUACAUUGAUUGGAGAUCCCAAAAGUAUGGCAAAUUUGACAUUCGACGGCACGGCUAAGCAGUAUGGAACAGUAGCUAGUGCCACCCUUAUUGUUGAGUCUGAUUUCUUCGUGGCUGCUAAUCUGUUUAUAGUAAACACUGCUCCUAAGCCAGACGGGGAAAUGGAGGGAGCACAAGGGGUUUCCUUGAGAGUUUCUGGUGAUAAAGCAGCUUUCUAUAAUUGCAAGAUCAUUGGUUUCCAAAAUACUUUGUGCGAUGACAAGGGCAACCAUUUCUUUAUGAAUUGCUACAUUCGUGGAACUGUCGAUUUCAUUUUUGGGAAUGGGAAGUCUUUAUAUCUGGGAACUGAAUUAUACGUGGAGGAGGAUAAGAGACAAACAGUAAUUACCGCACAAGAUAGGGAAAAUAAUGAACAGGAUCACACUGGUUUUUCAUUUGUGCAAUGCAAAAUUACAGGGACAGCCCAAGGUGCAUAUCUAGGUAGAGCUGGGAAGAGUAGUCCAAGAGUUGUUUUUGCCUUCACUGAUAUGAGCAACGUAGUCCAUCCCGAGGGAUGGUCUCAUAAUUUAACAGCAGAGCGUGCCCAGACUCUUUUCUAUGGAGAGUACAAGUGCUCGGGACUUGGGGCAGCUUCGGCUGCGCGAGUGCCAUACUCUUCGCAGCUAACUGAGACGGUUGCUUUACGAUUCUUGACUCUUGGCUUCAUUGACGGAAGCAGAUGGUUGCUUCCGCCGCCAAAUCUAAAGAUGGAUAAAACUAUUGUUUUAUUAGGCACACAUGCACAGCUAUAUGAAUAG